UUCAUCCUGAUCUGUUCUGCUUCAGGAUGAGAAAGUUCCAGAGAGUCUCUGAGAAAGCUCCAGAGACUACUAUGACCUGGAUGACUGAGAAUCUACACAGACACAAAAGAUAGAUGUGCAGCUAAAAUUAUUCUCAUGAACAUGAUGAUGAACAAAAGAGUUUUUACAGAAUCAUGACAGCAUUCCACAUGUUUCUCUUUCAAAAGCUGAGCAAGAUGAUUGGCAAGAUUUGGGGCCGUGGCUAAAACGAGUGCAACAGUGUAAACAAUGGGAAGAAACUGACAUUUCAGGAGUAAAACACUGCAAUGGGGUGUUUGAGAAGCACCUAACAGCAGUAGUUUGUGUUAUGAGGACUGUGCAGUUGCUAACAAAAACUUGUCUUUAUGUCCAGCAGGUGGAACCAUGCCAGCUGACCCCAGGUUUUCUCCCUCCGGAGGCUCCACAUUGUUGCAAUAUGUUGAUGAUUUGCUGAUCUGUUCCCCUUCUAAGCAGGCCUGCGAGACAGAAACAAGAGAGUUGUUAAAAUACCUCGCUGAAAACGGUCACAAGGUGAGCCUCUCCAAAUUACAGUGGGCUUGGGAGAAGGUCACCUAUCUGGGACACGUGAUCUCAUCAGACGGUAAGUCCCUCUCUCCAAAAAGGAUUACAGCGAUUCAAUCCAUCCCAAAACCGCAAACAAAGAAACAAAUGAUGAGUUUUCUUGGCAUGACGUCAUAUUGCCGUCAGUGGAUCCUCAACUAUGCUGCGCGAGAGGCUCCACUGUCAGCAAUGAUACAUGGGAGGGGACUGACUGCACAUGACAGACUAGACUGGACUGAAGAUGCUGACAAAGCUUUCACUGACUUAAAACUGACACUCCAGACUGCUCCGACUUUAGGAUUACCAAAUCCUGAUAAACCAUUCACCCAGACAGUGGGUGAAAAGGGUGGAUACAUGACAUCUGUUUUAUUGCAGGAACAUGGAGGGCGAAAAAGACCAGUGGCAUAUUUCUCAUUCAAACUGGACUCAGCAGCAGCAGGCCUCCCCCUUUGUCUGCGAGCAGUAGCAGCAGCUGAAAAGGCACUUCUAGCUUCAUGUGACCUUGUGGGCCACUCUGAUUUAACCCUUUUGAUACCACAUUCUGUAUCACUGAUCCUCACAGAGCCAAAAACUACACAUUUAUCAGAUGCUCGUUGGUUAAGGUACCACACAGUAUUACUGGAGAUGCCAAAUGUAACAGUUAAAAGAUGCACUGUGCUAAACCCAGCUUCACUUCUCCCCACAGAAGCAGGUGGUGAACCUCAUGAUUGUAUAGCAGCUAUUUCUGAAAUCUGUUCUCCCAGGCCUGACCUACAGGAUGCACCGCUGACUAACUCUGAUCUGGUGGUCUUUGUGGAUGUUCGGCAUCACGCAACCCAGACACCGGUAAAAAUCAAGUAGGCUAUGCAGUGGUCACAGAACAUGACAUUCUAGCCUCUGGUUCAUUACCAUCUCACCUUUCAGCUCAAGCAGCAGAACUUGUAGCAUUGACAAAAAAGCAUGUGAAAUUGCUAAGGACCAAACAGUCACUGUUUACACUGAUUCCAGGUAUGCCUGUGGGGUAGUGCAUGAUUUUGGCACAUUGUGGAAACAACGGCAGUUCCUGACUGCUGCAGGGAAACCCAUUGCACAUCACAAACUAGUGGCUGCAUUGCUAGAUGCCUUAUUACUCCCAAAAACCAUAGCUGUUUGUAAAUGUGAUGCUCACACUAACUCAAAAGACUCUGUUUCUCUAGGCAACUCCAGAGCCGAUGCAGCAGCAAAGACAGCAGCUAAACAGGAGGUGAAACCAGAGCACAGCAUUAACAUCAAAACCACACUAACUCCAUCUCCUAACACAGAUUUACAGGCUAUCCAGAGCAUGGCUACCCCAGAGGAGAAACGGGUAUGGAAAACAGCAGGGGCUCACAUAAAAGAGGUUUGGUAUGGUCCUGAUAACAAACCAUGUCUCCCCAAACAUUUACUCCUAAAAAUUUUGUAAGUCUUGUAUGAUCUGUGCAACUAAUAACGUAGGCAGAGGCAUUCAAACUUCACCGGCAGCACAUCCACCUCCAGAUAGGCCUUUUGAACAUCUACAAAUGGACUUCAUAGAGCUCACACCAUGUGAAGGUAAAAAGUACAUGUUCUCAGAAUGGGUAGAAGUUUUUCCCUCUAGCAAACAAGAUGCACAGCUUUAAAACAGGUGAGCGACUACCUUGGAAUGGACAUCAGACAUCAUUGUGCCUAUCAUCCAGCUAGUGCCGGGGCAGUGGAAAGAGAGAAUGCUUCUAUAAAGAGCAAACUGAGCAGAUGUUGUGCAGAAACAGGACUCAGCUGGCUAAAAGCCUUACCUCUCGUGUUAAUGCACAUGAGGACAAGAAUAAGAGUCAAAUAUGGCCUCAGUCCUUUUGAAAUUUUGUUUGGACGUCCACCAAAUACGGGGAUAGGGCCCCCAGGGCAUCCUCUUCCAACCACAGAACACUGUGAGGAUGAAAUGUUACGCUACUGUAAAAAUCUCUCAUCUGCUCUGACCUCUCUCCAUAAGCAGGUUAAAGCAGCUCUUCCACAAGCAGCCCAAACUAACCUACACCCUCUCAGACCAGGAGGCUGGGUGCUGAUCAAAGAUUUCCGGAGGACCAGCUGGAAGCAAAAAUGCUGGCAGGGACCAUUCCAGGUAUUACUGACAACACAGACAGCAGUUAAGGUCGGAGGUCGUGCAACUUGGGUUCAUGCCAGUCAUUGCAAGAGGAUCCCAGAACCGCAGGAAUAACCCACUGGGUUAGAAAGAUUUUCCACACUGACGCUGAGGAAGACAACAGGGGUGUACGACGUGCUCUGCCCUUUCAACCUGCAGCUGCGUUGGAACCAAAGGUGAGAGCGAGGGGUGAAAAAGCACCCUCCUCAAACAAGAGCGUGCCAAGCUCCAACAAAGUGACGUGCAGAGUGAGACUCUGUGUCACCCACGAGGGAUCAGCGAUGGAACGCAGACACCUGCUGAAGCAAUUAGGAUGGUUUGGGACCAGAGGCUUGGUGUUUCCUUUGAUUGUGACAGCCAUUUGUGUGAUUUGCAUGGUUAUCUCUGCAUACAAUAAAUUUCCACAUGACUCCCCAAGCAUCACAGACACAGGGAAGACUCAUAUGAAUCACGUGAGGCGUUCACUUCCUGGGACCUUAAACCCCUUUUCUAGUCGUGACUUUAUCAAAAAUAGUUUGUGGCUGCAGUAUGCAAAUUUCACUGCUAUGUCACUGACAAAUUACUCAUGCACAUUCUGUAUGGCGGCUAGGCCGCUACUUAUGGUAAUACUGGUCCCUGACACCUCAGAAACCUGUGCAUCAGAUCCUCAUUAUCCUACUCAAAAUUAUAGUUGUAAGUUCCUUUGCGAUAUCUACUACACAAAUUCUGACACAUCAUCUAAGAUUCCAGAAUUUUGUGAUCAUUUCUUUCCAUCAAGCGAUUUUACUAGGCCUCCAACACACUUUGAGCCACCUCAGGAUGUCCUUAUUCCUUCAGAGCUAAAUGUAACACUGUGUCAUCUCUACCUACGGCACCACCGAUGUGGGUACAGUAAAAGCAAAUUGUAAAUACCUUUGGGAUGUUCGCAAACGUUACAAUAGUGUCAUAGAUUAUGUGCUAUUACAUCAGACUGACUACCUUACUACAGCAAAAAUCACAAGAGACUGUUGACUAUGAGCAAAAUGAUGUGUAAAUGUUAAAUUCUCUUCACAGGUAUGAUGAUUAUAGUGCUGAUGUUUCAUUCAACAGCUAAGGCUAUUUCACCUUCCAGUUUAUGAUGUGUUUACUUAAACCCCAGCACAAAGACCGAGUGUGUGAAGACGGGAAAAACAACUUGACUGUAGGCUGUGUCCAAGGCCAUGACGCACUUGUUAUCAUGCAGGUGCUACAUGGUGGGGGGAACCUGAACUCCCCAUGGCUAGUGGAACAAGAUUGUAUCAACACAAUAGUAUAAAGGAAUGGGUGUUAUUCUGCGCUUUGUUCAAUGCUGGUGCGAAGGCUGUUCGUGCUGUAUUGACCCCUUUGCAAAGGUUAUAUUCUUACUUUCAAUAAAUCAUCAGAAAAUCAGUUUGGUUUCAGAGCUCAACUUAUUUUUUCCACCACACAUGACAGAAAUGAAUAUACUGAUUUAUGAAAGAAAUAAAGUGUAGAGCAAAAUAAGUAAAGAAUCUUUUAUGUAACAACAUGAGACUUGCUUAAAGUGUCUCCAUGGUGACCUGCUGUGUCAUAGCACUUCUACAAUUCUACUUCAAAGAUCAAAAUUGUUUCAGUUGUGCGAGAGAAACCAGCGAGUUCGGAGUAUUUUGGCGUCCAGCUUUCAUUUCACAAACUUUUGACAGUGUUUUUGAGCGUUUUUGUUCCCUGUUGAGCUUUUCAACAGCGACAUUAGAUGGAGCGAAGUAGAGGAAUCUACAAACCCAUCAGGGUGUUGUUUGACACGCCCAUAUAUGAGACAGCUGUGAACACCUGCUGGAACCUCAAAGGCUACAAGACUCAGAUUGCCAUCAUGACAGAGUUCCUCAGACUUCAGCAGGAAAAUCAGGUUCCAGCUCACAUCACUGUGGAGGAUAUGAGCAACCUGUUGGUGCAGGAGAGCAACAAGACACUCAGAGAGCAGCUCUGGGAGUUUAAACUGGAGGAUCUGGAGGAAACCGAGGCCAAACCUCUUCUCAAACUGGUGUCGGCAGUAAAUAUCAAUAAUAAAAUGAGGGACGCUGAGUUCCAGGCCCGGAUGCUCCUCAGAUUUCCAGAGGCCAAACCUCCUGAAUUUCAAGCACCUAAACUCCUCAGCAUGGUCAAAGACUACGUUGAGCUCCUCAAAGAGAAGCAGCAGAACACAGAGAUCUCCAGACUGCACACCACAGAGGAAGUGGUGAUAGAGGUAGUUCCUCGAGUCCUGCAGGGCUUCUGGCAGCUACCUCCACUACCGCUCUUAAACAUGGCGUCCCAGAGUCUGAGCGUACUGUGCACUAGUGUCACAAAGGCCACUCUGGAUAAGGUCUGCAAGACUCUGACAGCACCAGAAGGCCACGCCAACUUCUCCCGCUCUAUCAGAGAUACCAUGGUCCACACAAUCCUGAAGGAAAUAAGAGAGCAACACCCACCUGACAUUCUGCUCAACAGCAUUUCGAAUUUUGCACCAGCGCUGCUCACUUCAAUUGCUGGUGUAUCAAAGAAACACAUUUGUGAGCUUUUUCAGCCCCAGAUCCCCAGCAAGCUAGACGGUCACACAGCUGCUUCUCAAAGCCCAUCGAGAAUUCAAGAGGGCGUAAAUAUUACUGUAGCUGUGGUAUCCCCUGCUAAAGCUCCAUGUUUGUUAGAGGUGAAGCCCAGCGAGGAACCUCCUGCUAAAGCUCCAUCCUUGUUAGAGGUGAAGCCCAGUGAGGAACCUCCUGCUAAAGCUCCAUGUUUGUUAGAGGUGAAGCCCAGUGAGGAACCUCCUGCUAAAGCUCCAUGUUUGUUAGAGGUGAAGCCCAGUGAGGAACCUCCUGCUAAAGCUCCAUCCUUGUUAGAGGUGAAGCCCAGUGAGGAACCAACUAAUGCUCACCUGUCGGUGUCUGAAGAAUUUGUGCCAGUCACAGUGAACUGUGAAGAAAUUAAAGCCAAGAAGAAAAAAAUGGGGUUUUUCCAGAAACUCUGUAGGACUCUUUGCUGUUGUGUCAGUCCCAGCACAACUGAUUGACUGUCUUUAUUAUUCCUUUCACCCACUUUUUUUCUCUGUCUGUCUGUCUGUCUGUCUAUCUAUCUAUCUAUCAAAUCACAAGUUUUCAAUAAAUAUUACCAUAUCUUCACAUCUGUUACAUUGUAAAUUCUUUGUUAGUGUCUAGAAUGAAAUUGUGUUCAUAGCAGGACAUCAGUGUAUUCCUCAGGACUUAAGAACAUGAGGAAAAGCAGUAUUUACUCUCUGCACAGCUGAUAAGAACCAUAAACGUCUUCCAGCAUUUCCUGAUGUGUGUUUUACAGUUAAGUAGAAGUUUGCACGAUGUUUGUCACUGUCUCAGUCCAACACAAUAAAAUGUUCAGCUCAGAAAGCGUAACCACUUGGAUAGUUGCAGAUAUUUGAAAAUAUGCACAACUGUGUGUACUGGGAAAGAAGCACAAGUUCCAAAAAACUGGAUUUUCAGAUAAAUGUCAAUUUUUCUGUCCAUAGCCUUUACAGAAAGUUACAUUUGAAUAAAGAGCAGCGAAAGGAAGAGCCGUGAGCCUCUGCGUCUGUGCGCACUGCCAACAACACUUUAAAGUUACAAUUUGCUGCCAUGUUAACA